GGUCAUAUUAACACCUAUACUUUCCAUCCAGCAAAACAAAGGUUACCGACAUAUUUAAGGAAAGUGAACACAAAAUGUCUGUGGAUUGGUUUGGUUAUGUCUACGCCGCCACUGUGGCCGCCGGUGGAAUUAUGGGAUACGCAAAGGCGGGUUCUAUUCCCUCAUUGGGUGCCGGCCUGGCCUUUGGAGCCCUACUCGGCUACGGGGCCCACCUAAACUCUCAACAAACGCCCCGCCCCUUGCUUCAACUGGGCACAACCUUGUUCUUGGCCGGAUUAAUGGGGGCUCGAUGGAAUCGUUCCGGAAAACUAAUGCCCGCCGGCGUAGUUUGCAUGCUCUCCGUUGCAGCGUUGGUUAAAAAUCUGGCCACCUACAAUCGCCAUCUAAUGCCAACCGGCACAAAGGGUGCAUAAAGACACAACCAUCUGAUGGAUCCCCAAAUGCUGGACUUGCCAGGAGACUUUUUUACCUUACUUCGUCAUUUACAUGAACAUGUUAAUUACCUUAUUAAUUAAGUACCUACUUUUUUGGUGAUUGGAACUUUAGGAUAGUGCUGUGUCACUUUCUAAGCUAGCGAUAAGGAACUGUACUUGUUGGCUGCAAAUACAUUUUAUCACCCAUGCUGGACUAUACAAAGUA